CAUGCCGGCGUUGCGGGCUGCGCCUCGGCGGGCCGCGUCGGGCGAUGGCGCUGCGCCUGGUCUGCGACUUCGACCUCCGGAAGGACGUGCUCCCGGGGCUGCGGGCGCGGCGGGCGGCGUCGUUGGCCUCGGGGGCCCGAGGCGGCGGCCCAGGUAUUUUAGAAGAUAAUUAUGAGAGCUUACGUAUACUGAAUGUUGAAAGAAAUGGAAAUAUUAUUUAUACGUAUAAGGAUGGUAAGGGAAAUGUUGCCUUUGGAUUAUAUGACUGCCGAACCAGACAAAAUGAGCAUCUCUAUACAUUUGAGAAAGACUUGCACGUCAUCAGUUGCUCUAUCAACAGUGAGAGAACUUUGCUUGCUGCAAGUUUAGUUCAUUCUACUAAAGAAGGAAGAAAGAAUGAGCUUCAACCAGGAUCAAAGUGCUUAACUUUGUUGGUUGAAAUCCACCCUGUUAACAAUGUGAAGGUUCUAAAAGCGGUGGAUAGCUCUAUUUGGGUGCAGUUUCUCUACCCCCAAGUGGAAAGUCACCCUCCUCCAGAGAACCAUCUGUUACUGAUUUCAGAAGAGAAAUAUAUUGAAAAAUUUCAUAUCCACAUCAUCCAAGAAGACGGAAAUAAAGUGGUUCUUAGAGACUCUGGCCAUCUCCCAAGAGAGAGAGUAGCUGAGGAUUUUGUUUGGGCUCAAUGGGAUAUGUCAGAGCAGAGAUUAUACUACCUUGUCCUGAAGAAAUCAAGGAGUAUCUUAAAAUGCAUCCAGUUUUCUGCUAACGAGAAGUUUAACUUAAUGUUUGAAGCACCCUUGGAUAUAACAUUAAGUGCCUCAGGAUUUGAACUUGUAAACUUUGGAUGUGAUGAUCUUCAAGACCAAGGGAACCUAUCCAAACACCUGACCCUGCGCGUUUUUACCAACCAUACAGGAAGUUUGUGUGUAUGUUACAGUCCGAAGUUUGACUCUUGGGAAAAAAUCACGUAUUCAGUGUUUUACUUUCAUAAAGGGCACAGCAAGACCUUCACUGCUGCUCUUGGGAGUGUUGACUCACUUGUGACUAAGGGCCUUACUUUUCUCAACCUUGACUAUUAUGUGGCUGUUUACUUACCUGGUCAUUUCUUUCAUCUGCUCAACAUUCAGCAUCCAGACCUGAUCUGCCACAGUUUGUUUCUGACAGGAAACAAUGAAGUGGUUGAUAUGCUACCUCAUAGUCCUUUACAGUCACUCUCAGGGUCCCUGGUACUGGAUUGGUGUUCUGGAAAACUCUAUAGGGCACUCCUCAACCAGUCCUAUUUAUUACAGUUCCUAUGGAACACUCAGCUAGACUGUGAGAAGAUGGCCGUGUUGCAUUGUGUGCUCUCCUGUGGCCGAGACCCCCGGUUCCUGGAAGCCAAGAUUAUUCAGUGGAUUUCUGAGAACAUUUCCACCUGCCAUUCAUUUGACCUCAUUCAGGAAUUUAUAAUUGCUUCUUCAUAUUGGAGCAUAUAUCCAGAGACAAGUAACAUAGAUAAACUUUUGCCAUAUUCCUCAGUGCUCACUUGGAAUACAGAAAUUCCUGGAAUAACCCUUGUGACAGAAGAGAUCACAUUGCCUUUCAUGAAGGUCCACAGCUUUAAGGGCUACUGGGAAAAACUGAACUCCAACCUGGAAUAUGUUAAGUGCUCCAAACCAUGCUUGCUCUAUAACAACAGCAUGGUCAAGAGAGAAUGGCACAGCCUGAUCUCAGAAGAGAAAACCGGAAGAAGAAGGUCCAUGGUAUAUGUGAGGAAUAUUUUUGAUAAUGCAAUGAAGGUGAUUUCUAACCUAGAAGCAAGGAAUUUGGAGCCAAGAUUAACACCCCUCUUCCAGGAGGAAGACUAUCACCAGAGGCUGCUUAUAGGGCUGAUGGUGUCUGAGCUAAGAGAGCAUCUCCUGAGACACCUACAGGGUAUAGAAAAGAAGAAAAUUGAACAGAUGGUUCUGGACUACAUUUCAAAACUGCUGGAUCUCAUUUGCCAAAUACUAGAAACCAGCUGGAGGACACAUCAUCUUCACCCCUGGGUUCUCCACUUCAGGCGGGCCAGUGCUGCUGAAUUUACAGUCUUUCACAUCAUGACCAGGAUUCUGGAAGCUACCAUGAGUUUGUUUUUACCUCUGCCUCCUGAGAGAGAGAGAGAGAAUGCAUAAGCAGGUGGAACAGCAGGAAGAGGGAGAGGGAGAAGAAGGCUUCCUGCUGAGCAGAGAGCCCAUCACUGGGAUCAUGACCUGAGCCAAAGGCAGAUGCUUAAUGGACUGAGCCACCCAGAUGCCCCCAUUAUGUACAUAUUCUGAUGAGUGCUAAACUUUAUGAUAACUAUCACUCCAUAAUGUUUAUCAGCCAACUUAAUUUAAUUUACUCAUAUACAUCUAUCCCAUCAUCUAUCAGUAAUUCAUUCCUUUACUCAUUUUAAGUCAACAUGUAGAUGGUGCCCCAUUUUGUGCCAGUUACUAUACUAAGUACUUUACUUAAAUGAGCCCAUUCCAUUUUCAUAACAGUCCUAAACGGUAGGAGCUUAAAUUGGACCACAUUAAAUUGCCAAUACCCAACCAGUUUUUGACCAACAAAAAAGGCACUUCAUAUAGUUCCACUUAAUAUUAUUCCCACUUUAUAGAAAUUGAGGCAUAGGAAGGUUAAGUAACUUGCCUAAUAGACACACAGCUAUUAAGCAGCAGAGUCAGUGUUCAAAUCCAGGAAGUCGGGCUCCAGAAUCUGUGCUUUUACUACUAUUCUGUGCUUGCCUCUUGAAUUUUAUAUUUCAUUUGAAUUGGUUGAUGCUGAAACAUUGACAAUUUAUUGGCCCAGAAAUCCCCACAGCAUGUUUCGGCCUGUCUGCAUUUAUGAUACAUCUGAUUCAGUUUGGAAUCCUUCAUGCUUUCUCUAUCCAACAUAUGCCUUAUCUUAUAAGAUCUGCUGAUAUUGGAUGUACAAAAAGGGUUUCCUUUGAUUUUUUAGGGAUCCGAAAGUGACUAUUCAUGAGAAGAAUGGAUGACUUUAAAUUAUCCCAAUAGAAUAGGAAUUUCAAGGUGCCCUCUAGAAAGAGUGAAGGGAUUUCAUGAAAAACUAUGUAUGGUUUUCUGGCUUCAACUCUUAAUUAUUUGUCAUUAACACAAAAGAGUUGGUAGGGGCAUGGAUUCAUGCUUUGAGAUUUGUUCACCAUGGAUGUUCAAGCCUCUUUUGUAAAUAAAUGAAAGUGACUUAGUGGGGACAAUAUUAUAUCUGGGAGAUCAUAAAACUUUACUUUCUAUGGAACAUCAGGGACAUGUAAGGAGGGAAAACAUGGAAAAGUGUUAUCGAUAGUGAUUAAGAAUUAUUGUAAGUUGACUUUAUGGUUUGUUUCCAUGGGUCAGGUAAGGAAGAGUGGUAUCUCUCCUUUUCUCUUAAAUGUUUGUUUCCUUCAUGUGACCUGGAAAGAGAGGUGAAGUGACACUGGAUCACAUGGGUAUACACGUGUGUGUGUAAAUACAGGGUGUUUUUUUCAUGUACUUGUGUAUAUAGGCUUGCUCUCCAAGCCUGCUGGACUUGUGAGAAAUGUUUGAGUUCCAAGGGCUGGAAACUUGUAACCCAGUUGGUUAAGGAAUAAAGAGGAUGCGGGCCAUGAAAAAGUCAUGGUUUCAAGGUGGAGCACUUGUAGUUUAAAUGGGACCUGUGUUCCCCCAUGGGCUAGAGGAGGCCAGGAGCCCUGGUGGAGAUGAGAACUAGAGUUGGCUGGAAAAGCUCUGUUUUGAAGCUGAUGCCUGCUUAUGUGUGCUCUCUCUCUCUCUCUCUCUCUCUCUCUCGCUCUCUCUCUGAUAGCCAAUUUGCUCUGUUGCUUGGAGCUGACCCAAAGCCAAGAACGGACUGUUGGAUGUGGGGCUGUGCCCUAGGGAUAAAGGAUGAAGGAUCAUCAGGGAUCUUUAGGACAUGGACACAGGUCUAGAGGAGGAAUUCUGAAUCCAAGAAAUCUAUAGGAACCUAAUGAACUUUUCUUCAGAGCAGAUUUCAUAACUUUUUCUAAUCUUGGAAAGAAUGUCCAAAUCUACUUGAAAAAUCUCAUGUUAUUGGUUACUUAGUAAAAUCACUAUUUUUUUUUUUUUGAGUGGCGUCAUCUUGUUGUCAGCCCCUUAACAUCUGCUUGUGGGCAGAGCCUGCACUUUAUCUGACCCUUGAUGUGGCCAAGGACUUAAGACUUAGGACUCAGUCUCUCACUGCUCAUGAUUCAUGUGUUCAGAGAGAGAGAAAACUCCACGAUUGUUCUGAACUCAAAUUCCGGCUCUUUGGGCAUCAUGUCUUUCAUGUAAGCUCCUAAGAUUAGGCUGUGAUCCAUUGUCAUUCCCUACCCACACCCCGUCAGUUUCCACGUCUGGACCCAUUGCCACAUGCUUCCAAUCCCUCUCCUUCUCCUUCACUGUCAAUGCCUCCAUCACCCCUGGUGCAGGUUCAUGCAGUGGCCUGCCAACACCGACAGCUUACACACCUCUUGCAGCAAACUGUUGAUACUCCAGUCCAUUCUUUGCCUGUUGCCGUUUUAAUAUUCCAAGAGCAAAACUCAGACCCUUUUUCCAUCUUGCUCAGAAGCUUUCAGUGUACCUCCCCAAAGUCUUCUAAGUAAGAGAUUCCUUUCUGUCAUUCAGCAUUCAAUCCCUGUCAUGCACACUCAGAGCACCCUGCACUUUUCUUUCAUAGAACUGGUCACUUUUAAAGAUUUUAUUCAUUGUUGGUAGAAAGAUGGGGGAGGGGCAGAGGGAGAGAGAACCUCAAACACACUCCACAUUGAGCUUGGAGCCCGAUGCGGGGCUCAGUCCCACAACCCUGAGAUCAUGACCUGAGCCGAAAUCCAGAGUCUGAUGCUUAACCAACUGAGCCACCCAGGUCCCCCAAACUGGUCACAUUUUUAAGAACGUAUAUGUUUGUAAUUCUUUGAUUGUCUUCCCAGCGGCCUGGGAGGUGGAUGGGAGCAGCAGUGGUGUCUGUUUUGCUCAUUAUUGUACACCCAGCUGCUUGUCUGGUGUCUGGAAGGGAUUUGUUAAAUAAAUUAGCCAUUCCAACCUACCUCCUACCAUCCCUCUUGUAUACCUGAUUCCAACUCAGCUGGGUCAUUUGAUACUUUCUGAAUAUGCCCCAUACUUCCUCACCUUUGGGCCUCUGUCCAUAUUGUCCCAUUAAUCCAGCUACCAAUUCUUGGGGCAGGAUAAUGUCAUGGCUAAGAGCCUAGGCUAAAGUCCCAUAGCCUGCAUUCAAAUUUAGCUCUGCCACUUCCUAAUUAUAUGAUCCCAGGCCUUUCUUAGCUCCUGUGAAUCUUGGUUUCCCCAUUUAUAAAGUGGGAAUCAGGCAGUUCCCACAUCAUAGUGUUGUAUGAGGAUCAGGUUAGCCAGUGCAGAGAUUGAAGGCCUUGCUACAUGUUUGCUCUUGGUCACCAUUGUGCUACCCCAUUGCUAGACUCUUUUUUUUUUUUUUUUGUGCUAGACUUUUCAUAGACCGAGGGCUGGUUCUCCAGGCAGUCCUGUGGAAAAAAUACUGAUGGCUCCAUUUUAGGGAGGAGGAAAUGGAGGCUCACAAAGUUUUAGCUGGUAAGCAACAGCAGGAUUCUAGUGCAGAUCUGCUCAGGGCAAGGUGGCUUUUUCAACUGCCUCCACUUUGUAUGUUCUCUGGCCUCAUUUCCACCCCCAGGAAUUGCAUUUACCUUUCAAAGCUCCCCUCAUGUCCUGUCUUUUCUGAGAGGGCUUUUCUGAUUGUUUCCUGGACCCAUAUCUUCUCCCAUUGAUAUGGUUUUUAUUGUUUAUUAUUAAUAGUGUGCUUAGAACUCUGGAUUUCUGAGCGUUUGAAUAGCCCUCCCCAUAAGACUUAGGUUUGAGGGAGUUGCCUUCCUCUCUUGAAUUCCUAUAGAUUUGCUAUCUGACCAUAUUAUUUAGAUUUUUCUUUCUUUUUUUUUUUUAAUUUAUGA